AUGUCCAUCCCCCACCUCACGGCGGAGGAGAUGGCCUACUACGCCUCGCUCAGCCUCGCCGACCCCGAUGAAGCGGAGCUGGCAGCAUUUUUAGCAGGCACCCAGCAGGAGCACGAGGGCCACCCCAGAGAGACCGGGGCCGCUUCAUCAAGCACUGCGCCAUCCGCCGGUAAGAACGGAAGUACACUUAUCAUGUCACGCUGCGCGCCGACAUGUGAGCGCUUCGACAGCAGUGACGUCGAGGGCCUUCCACCUCGAUGUGCUGUGGUGCCUGUCAAUCGAUGGCAAUCCUCCACCUUCGCGUCCACAACACUGGCAAGGUGGCUGUCGUCUGCAGGGCUCUUCCCUGAGCCGAAGCCAGCUACUCCGGACAACAGUACUCGCUACGGUAUCACACAGGUGCUAGAGAAAGACAACCUGGUGGGCGGCGUAGCAGGCAUUGCCGAUGCCGCACUGCAGACACGAUACGUUGAUCUUCCAGCUAGGCAGCUCACCUCCGUUGCCUCCAUCCAGUGUUUCUUGAACGCCACGCAUGUGUAUCUUCAGCACAACGCACUGACUAGCCUGGAAGGCGUUGAGCUGCUCUCUCAACUCCGGGUGUUGGUGGUGCACCACAACCAACUCACCUCGCUCGCUCCACUGCAGCAGCUGGACAACCUCUUCUACCUCGACGUGAGCCACAACAACCUGAGUUCCUCGGUGGACGUACUGCUGCGCAACGAGCUCCCUUGCCUGUGCCUUAAAAGUCUGAACCUCUCCGACAACCCAUGUUGGUACCGGUGCGGUGGGAGAGCGAGUGAUGUCGAUGGAGGAAAGCAGCCCCGCACGUACGUGCAGCAGAUGUGCGCCGCCUGCCCACUGCUCGAGCGGCUCGACGACGUAGACAUUGACGACGGCGAGGAGGUGGUGCAGCACAGUGACAGCAGCACUGAAAGCGAUGUGAGUGACGCGCUUGUGCGGCAGUCCACCGGCGCUCUACCGUCUCGACCCAGAUCUAUCGCCAUUAGGCGUGUGCACGACGCCGUGGAAGCUGCUCGUGCAGCCAGCCUUCGAGCAAGUGUGCCGCACAUGCACCCUUGCCAUAGCCCCGCAUCGUCUGACUCCCUCUCUAGCAGCGGUGGCGCAGAGCUCUCUAUUCGAUCACAGAGCGCUGGGAAGGCGAGCAAAGCCGCUUUGCUGGAGGAGGAGCAGGCCCGUUUGGUACAUCAGCUGAUGCUGCGGCGCGCCGCUGAUGCCGCACCGGAAAGCCUGAAGGUGGUUGACACGCUUUCCACGUCGCCCCCUCACUUCAACCGCAGCACCGCCGGUAAUGAGCACACACAGCCAGGAGCUGCAACGACGGAAGCACCAGCAGAGUUGAAGGUAACGCCGCCCGCCUACAGCACGGCUGAUGUGUCUGAGUUUUACGGUGCGCGAAGCGACACCCUUCAGCUCUACCGUAACCUGCAGUUCACCCAGGAAGUGAGUCAGGCACGGCUGCUGCGCGACUUGGCAGCGCACUGGGACGAUGUGUCCCGGGUGCUUCAGACGGCGCAGGCGUUGCAGCAAGACCGACGGCGCCGGUUACAGCAGAGGCUGCAGGCGCACACCCCAGCGUACACCGAGUCGUUGACUUUGCUUGAGAAGGAGUCCCACGCAAAAGACCUCGACCGCUAUCGCAACAGUGGUGUGCAUAGAAAAGGUACACCGACCAGCAUUCAUGUCGUGACAGGUGCCCCUGUAGCUCCACCGGCAGCCGCCGGGGCGAAUGUCAGCCCUGCUGUUGAUGGAAAAUGGGCACCGUCGACCUCCUUCACAUCCACCCACCCACUGGGGAAGACCGAAGGGAACUCUAAGAAGUGCUCGAGUGCGUCAGAGCACGUGCCGAAGCCGCCUCCGCGUCGCUAA